CCAAAUUUCCCAAGAAACAAAAAAUGGCCGAUGAUGAUCCACAAGAUGUAGCCGACCGCGAGCGGCUCUUCAAGCAUUUCGACGCCAACGGUGACGGCCAGAUCUCGGCCAGCGAGCUCGGCGACGCCCUCAAGACGCUGGGAUGCGUCACCCCCGAAGAAGUCCAGAACAUGAUGGUCGAAAUCGACUCUGAUGGCGACGGCUUCAUCUCCUACGAAGAGUUCACAACCUUCGCUCGUGCAAAUAGGGGACUAGUCAAGGAUGUGGCCAAGAUAUUCUAACUUGUUCAUUUUUUUUCCUCUCAAAUUCAUUUCACUAUACAUUCUUUUCUUUCUUUUUAUACAUGACUAUUAUGUUUUGUUUGAUAUCAAAUGCAUGCUUGUU